CGGCCCGCCGCCUACAGACAGCGCAAGGCCAGGAUGGCGGCGUGCCCCACCGCGACCACGGCUCGCGUGGGCGCGCACGGAGGACCGUGCCGCCUGUGGAGGAGAAGCGAGGGGACCCCAAACGUCCUCGCAGCCUCCGCUACGCCACUGCCCGCGGGUGGUCGCCGGUCGGUCCGCGGCACGAGGGCGCGCGCCUCGGAGCUGCAGCAGGCGCCCGCCGCCACGGCGUCGGGCGUCGCGACCCACAAGGUCACCGUCCACGACCGGGAGCGCGGGGUCGUCCACGAGUUCGUCGUGCCCCAGGACCAGUACAUUCUGCACACCGCGGAGGCGCAGGACAUCACGCUCCCGUUCGCGUGCCGCCAUGGUUGCUGUACUAGCUGCGCGGUUCGGAUAAAAUCAGGGCAGAUUAGACAGCCUGAAGCACUUGGAAUAUCUGCUGAGUUAAGGGAGAAGGGGUACGCAUUGCUAUGUGUUGGUUACCCAUCCUCUGAUGUUGAGGUUGAAACUCAAGAUGAAGAUGAGGUAUACUGGCUCCAGUUUGGAAGAUAUUUUGCACGAGGGCCUAUUGACAGAGAUGAUUACGCACUAGAGCUUGCAAUGGGAGAUGAGUGAUACGUGCAUAACAGAGAUACAUGGCUUUUACGAGUCGUUCCGCCAGUUGGUAGGUUAUAGAGUAAAUAGAAUCAUUUCGGCACACUACUCUCCAUGUUGCGUGUCCUGUACUUCUGCAAUUUCGGAUGUGCAAAUAUGUUUCUUGUAGAGAUGCCAUUUCUCAUUUUUCGCACUUGGUAGACGAAGAACGCCAUGGAGUGAAUGUAAAGAUGCGAGCUACUUAGCCCUCAAU